AUGAUGAAACAGAGUUUUCUCUGCUUCUCAUUCCUCCUCCUCUUCCUCCACCAUUGCACUACUACAACUUCAGCUCAGUCGAGUCCGGCUCAAGCUCCGUCCCACGGAGAACUCUCUCAAUCCCCGGCUCAGCCACCAAGCCAACCCCUACCUCAACCACCAUCUCAAGUCACCCCUGCUCAAGCCCCGUCCGAAAUUCCCCUAGUUCAAGCCCCGCCGCGGAAGGCCAAACCAGCCCCCACUAAUGCCACCAAAAUCCUAGAAAAAGCCGGCAACUUCGGCGUCUUCAUCCGAAUCCUCAAAAACACACAAGUCAUCAACCAAAUUGAAAAUCAGCUCAACACCUCCAACUCCUCAACCAUUUUGGCCCCUACCAACGGUGCCUUCUCCGGUCUCAAAGCCGGAACUCUAAAUUCCCUCACCACAGAGCAAAAAGUCCAGCUUGUUCAGUACCAUAUUCUUCCAUCUUUUAUAUCACUCUCAAAUUUCCAAACUCUCAGCAACCCUGUCCGUACACAAGCUAGUAAUACUGAUGAGUACCCUCUUAACAUUAUAACUCAAGGCAAUUGGGUGAACAUAUCGACCGGUCUUGUGAACACCUCGAUUUCUGGCACAGUUUAUGCAGAUAAUCAGCUAGCAAUUUAUAAGGUGGACAGGGUGUUGCUUCCUCUUGCAAUUUUCUCUCCAAGGCCAAAGGCGCCAGCACCGGCACCGACAUUGUCAAAGCCUAAGAAAGGGGAGUCAUCGUCGUCUUCGUCUUAUUCGUCAACGGUGUUGAAUACUCCGGCCGCCGUGUUAGAGGCAUCAAAUGCCUUGAGUAUUGCCAGAAACGACAUGGUGUUGUCGACAGUACUUGCUGUCGUUUUAGCAGUUUUUUCUGUUGGAUCGUUUUGA